AUGUCCAACCCGCAGCUCCUCGACAUUGAACCCGGUGGGGAGAACACCCAGUAUGCCAUCUCCAUAUCUACGAAUUUUUUCAGGGGGCUUGCAUUGAAUGGAUCUGACAAUUGCAGAUAUGAAUCUACGCAUAUCUUCGUUGAUCCCCCAGAAAAGCAAACUGGCCAGCUAGGUACCGGCGAGAAGCACACAAAAAGCCAAAUGAGAACUACGUUCGGAUCUACGGAAAAUAAAGACGAGGAUUUGAAAAUGGCUCGUCAAUUGGAAACCGGUGAACCCGGAGGUGGUUUGCGGGGUGAGACGGAUAAAGAUCUGAAGCCCGAGAACCAAGCCCAAGAGGGUAAUGAUAGUGUAGCGGCGAAAACGCGAAGUCAACAGAGGUAUGGGCCUGGUUCAGGCGUUGGGGCUUGA